CUGGAAGUUUCUCCGUUUUUCCGAUCUCCUCUAUAUUCUUUCCUCUGUCCGCACGCAGAUUCCAUUUCCAUUUUGAGAGUUUGAAAUUGAUCGGCGAAUCGUUCAUAGCGAUGGUGAAGAGUUAUCCCGAAGUGAGUGAAGAGUACCAGAAGGCGGUGGGAAAAUGCAAGAAGAAACUCAGAGGUUUCAUAGCUGAGAAACACUGUGCUCCGAUCAUGCUUAGAUUGGCAUGGCAUUCUGCUGGGACAUUUGAUGUGAAAACUAAAACAGGAGGGCCAUUUGGGACAAUUAGGAAUCCGAAUGAGCUUGCACAUGAAGCCAACAAUGGUCUUGACAUUGCUGUUAGGUUGUUGGAGCCAAUAAAGGAGCAGUUCCCAAUCCUCUCCUAUGCAGACUUCUACCAGUUGGCAGGGAUUGUCGCUGUUGAAAUUACAGGGGGGCCUGAGAUUCCAUUUCACCCAGGGAGACCAGACAAGACAGAAUCUCCACCAGAAGGCCGCUUGCCUGAUGCCAAAAAAGGCACAGACCAUCUGAGGGAAGUUUUUGGACAUAUGGGGCUGAGUGAUAAGGAUAUUGUUGCUCUCUCUGGUGGACACACCUUGGGAAGAUGCCAUAAGGAACGGUCUGGAUUUGAGGGGCCGUGGACCACUAAUCCUCUCAUUUUUGACAAUUCUUACUUCAAGGAACUCUUGAGUGGAGAGAAAGAAGGCCUUAUCCAGCUACCGUCAGACAAAGCGUUACUAGAGGAUCCUGUCUUUCGCCCUCUUGUUGAAAAAUAUGCUGCGGAUGAGGAUGCCUUCUUUGCUGAUUAUGCUGAAGCUCACUUAAAACUCUCAGAGCUUGGAUUUGCAGAUGCCGAUUAAAAUGAAAAAAAUGAAGAUUCGUUGGUUGUUAGUUACCAUGUGGAAUCAUAUCUGGUUUGUUUUUCAUUUUUACUAUGUCGAUUUUGUAAGAUGUUGACCUUUCUGUGCAUGUCUUGUAUCGUGUUGGAGGUUUUGAGGAGCGUCGUCUUGUAACAUAAUUUUUUUCCCCCUUUAUUCAUGUCUGUAAAGCAUAUCUGAACCAUUUAUAUCA